GGAACAAUACAAGAUAAGUGGACCAGACAGACGAGAUUGACGAACCCUAACACAGAAAGUUAUCGGACUAAGAGUUUCAGUAGCGUUAAUCAUGGAUAUGCAAAGCGAUUUCGAUCGACUUCUCUUCUUCGAGCACGCUCGCAAGACUGCCGAAACCGCCUAUGCUACUGAUCCUCUUGAUGCUGAUAAUUUGACAAGAUGGGGAGGUGCAUUGUUGGAAUUAUCACAAUUCCAGUCUGUCAACGAAUCAAAGAAGAUGAUUUCUGAUGCUAUCUCAAAGUUAGAGGAGGCUUUGGAGGUGAAUCCACAGAAGCAUGAUGCCAUGUGGUGUUUGGGAAAUGCAUAUACAUCCCAUGGAUUUCUAAAUCCUGAUGAAGACGAAGCUAAGGUUUACUUUGACAAAGCAGCCCUGUGCUUCCACCAGGCUGUUGAUGCGGAUCCAGAAAAUGAGCUUUACCAGAAAUCAUAUGAAGUUUCUUCUAAGGCUUCAGAGCUGCAUGCCCAGAUUCACAAACAAGGUCCCAUUCAACCAGCUAUGGGACCAGGACCUUCUACAGCAGCAACAAGUACAAAGGGUUCGAAGAAGAAGAAGAGCAGUGAUCUGAAGUAUGACAUUUUUGGAUGGGUAAUACUUGCUGUUGGACUUGUUGCGUGGGUUGGUUUUGCUAAAUCUAAUAUGCCGCCACCUGCGCAUCCUCCUCCAAGAUAAGGACCACAAUACAGACUUACAGUCCAAAAUACAUGAUGUAGUUUUGUCCUGCAUAAACAUGGCUUUUGGCGAUUCAGGCUAGCCAUAUAGCUAGGAUUUACUGGUGUAACAGAUUUUAAAUUAGACCGUCUGUUGUCCUUUGAUUCAUAUUAGUUAUAAAACGAUUUCAUGAAGCUGUUUCAGAA